AUGCGCAGCCGAGGCGUCCCCACGGACCCCUACACCUUGCCGUUCUUGAUCAGCGCCUGUUCCAGCAGCGGCCCUACACUGUGCCAGUCUCUGCACGGGCAGGGCUUCCGUCUCGGCUACAUCUGGCACCUCUUCACCCAGACGGCGCUGAUGAACGUGUACCUCGCGUGUGGGUCGGUGGUCACCGCUCGCAGGGUGUUCGAGGAAAUGCCGGUGAAGGAUGUGGUUGCGUGGACCAGCAUGGUGUCCGGCUAUGUAGACUCCAGGAUGUACUUGAAAGCCGUUGAGGUGUUUAACGAGAUGAGAGGUGCUGAUGAUCUUGUGUGGCCUAAUGAGGCCACGGUGGUGUCGCUUGCUUCUGCCUGUGCCAGUCUGGGGUCGCUGGAGAAUGCAAAGGGUCUCCAUUCGUACGUGGAGAAGACUGGCUUGGAGGGUGAGUUAAUUGUCAGGAAUGCAUUGGUUGACAUGUAUGGGAAGUGUGGCAGCAUUGAGUCUGCACGAAGAUUGUUUUGUUUGAUGCGUGAGAAGGACUUGCGUUCAUGGACAGCAAUGAUUUCAGGGCUGUCUUCUAAUGGACAUGGUGAAGAAGCGGUUGAUUUGUUCUUCCGCAUGCGGGAGGAGGGAGUAUUACCAGAUUCAACUACUUUCAUUGCGGUUCUGUCUGCCUGUAGCCAUGCUGGACUGGUAGACGAGGGGAUACAUAUCUUCAAUUCCAUGGAGAGUGAGCACAAUGUCCCCCGGGACAUCAAGCACUAUGGUUGCAUGGUGGAUCUUUUCAGCAGAGCAGGGCUUGUUCGCCAUGCUUAUGAAUUCAUUGGAAUGAUGCCUUUCGAACCAAACUUGGAGAUUCUUGGGGCUCUGCUGAGUGCAUGCAGUAUCAAUAAUGAACUGGAGACCGGGGAGCUCGUGCUCAAUAAGAUUGAGUCACUCUGCUCCUACAAAGGAGGUUCUGGUGUGCUCCUGUCAAAUAUAUAUGCUAACCAAAAUCUGUGGCAUGAAGUGGAUACCCUUAGAAGGAAGAUUAGGACUGAAGCAAUUGUCAGGAAGCCACCUGGCCAGAGUUCGAUUGCAGCAGAAGUUCCUUGCAUGAGUUUCUGA